AUGGCAGGCAAAGGACAGAAAGUGGCGAUUUGUAAGGACUUGACAAAUGGCCUUAUGAAAAGAGAUAAACUGGACGUACAGAACAUCACAAACACCAUCUCAAGUAUGAUAAAUCCUUUCGACAAUGAUCCUGAAGUCGGUGCUGGUGAUCUUGUGAAUCUGUCUUCUGGCACCAUUGCUUCAUCAAAAAUCUGCUCUGAUCUAAUUACAGUCCACAGGAAAGGUGAUGCCGCAUUCAUUGCUUUUUGCAAAGAACGUUUGCAAGGAAAGACUGAUAUUAACGACAAGUUGAAAAAGCAGAAGCUGAAAACAUUCUCAGAUGCAUCUAAGCCAAAGACAGUGGUCGUGAAGGGGAAGAUUGUCAACGUAAGAAGCGACAGAGAGCUCCUGUCCAGACUUGUCGUCAUUGGCAGAAUGUGUGACAUCGAUAUUCAACAGAUACUCUUGUACUGUUUGAACCAGUUUCCCUUAUCAUUGGCUACUUCUGAAGGCUGUCAUGUGAAAACCAACAACACCAUAUUACUGCAUGUACUACAAACUGCACCUGACAUAUCUCAUGUCGAGGUCCCAAAUGGAAGUGUGUGGAUCGUCGAUGGAAUGGUAAUGCUGCAACAGAUCAGUUCCAAAAAUAUGCCACAGAAUAUUGGUCUUCUGGCAGAAAUCCUAAAGGAAUUGGUGUACUUGGAAACCAGUGUAUUUUCAAAUGUCAUCCACUUUGUGACUGACUGCUACCCAGAAAUAAGCAUUAAAAAUGCAGAGUGA